AUCUGUUGCAGCCGUAACCGGAGUUGCCAGUGUACUCAGAAAGAACACCAUUCAUAAACUAGCUGAAACGACAAUGUUUGGCUCUCUUUAUCAGCUAACUUAACCAGAAUUAAACCCUUAAAUUUCUCCAAAUUACACCGCCGGCGACAUGUCCUGCUACUCAUCAAUUUUUCAAGGUUCAAUUAGAACCUCCCCGGUGAUGUUGAGAACUUCAUUUGCUCUCCGCUCAUGUAAAACCCUAAAGCAGCAGAAACAGCACUCUUUAUUUUCAUUAGCUUCUUUGUUUAGUACGACUAAUCAUCGCCAAACCCUAGCUUCUAGGCUUGUUUUAUUGAAUUAUAAGCGUCAGAGAGCUGACAGGGGUUCUGCUUCUGUUGGGGUUUUGCCUUAUUUGUCCCUGCAGAACUUGAAUUAUGGGCGUUUUGCCUAUCAGGAUGUUUCUAGUGACGAUUCUGAUCGUGAAAUUGGCUCGAAUUCGCAGGGGAAAUCGCAGAGUGGUUCCACCCUUGAUAACAUCGAGGAUUGGAAAUGGAAGUUAACCAUGCUACUUCGGAACAAGGAUGAGCAAGAAGUUGUCUCGAGGGAGAAAAAAGACAGGCGGGAUUUCGACCAGCUUUCAGCAUUGGCAACUCGGAUGGGCUUGCAUAGUCGUCAGUACUCAAGAGUUGUUGUCUUUAGUAAAGUGCCGCUGCCAAAUUACAGACCUGAUCUGGAUGACAAGCGUCCUCAGAGAGAGGUGAUCUUGCCUUUUGGGCUGCAAAGAGAAGUAGAUUACCAUCUCAAUGCUUACGUUUCCAAAAAGUCCAUGAACAGUGGAGGUUUGUCUGCAAAUGUUCUGUCACGAUCAAGCGGCAAGAAAAGCAUGUUUACUACUGAUGGACUCUAUGGGCAGCCAGAAUCCUCGACACAAAACAAUGUUGUCAUGGAAAAAAUUCUAAGGCGGAAAAGUUUGCAGCUACGUGCUCAGCAACUAGAGUGGCAGGAAUCUUCAGAGGGUCAAAAGAUGGCUGAAUUUCGCCAAAGUCUUCCUGCAUAUAAAGAAAGGGAGUCAUUACUAAAAGUUAUAUCUGAAAAUCAGGUGGUUGUUGUCUCGGGUGAAACGGGUUGUGGUAAAACCACACAACUCCCACAAUACAUACUAGAGUCAGAGAUUGAUGCAGCUCGUGGAGCUGCCUGCAGUAUCAUAUGUACACAGCCCCGAAGAAUAUCAGCUAUGUCAGUGUCUGAAAGAGUUGCUGCAGAACGAGGGGAAAAACUGGGAGAAUCAGUUGGAUAUAAAGUUCGGCUGGAGGGAAUCAAAGGAAGGGACACUCGCCUUUUGUUUUGCACCACUGGCAUAUUAUUGAGGAGAUUACUAGUUGACAGAAAUUUGAAAGGUGUAACACAUGUUAUAGUUGAUGAGAUUCAUGAACGUGGAAUGAAUGAAGAUUUCCUUCUUAUUGUCCUGAGAGAUCUCCUUCCUCGUAGACCGGAGCUGAGGUUGAUUUUGAUGAGUGCAACCUUAAAUGCUGAGCUGUUCUCUUCCUAUUUUGGCGGUGCUCCAACAAUUCAUAUUCCAGGUUUUACAUUUCCUGUUCGAGCACAAUUUCUAGAGGACAUUCUAGAAAUAACUGGACACAGGUUGACUCCAUAUAAUCAAAUCGAUGAUUAUGGUCAAGAAAAGGUUUGGAAAAUGCAGAAACAAGCUCAAUCUUUCAAAAAGAGGAAGAGCCAGAUUGCUUCUGCUGUUGAGGAUGCCCUUGAGGUCUCCAACUUUAGGGGAUAUAGUUUUAGUACCCAGGACUCUUUAUCGUCUUGGAACCCAGACUCAAUUGGUUUCAACCUCAUUGAGCGCACACUUUAUCACAUUGUUAAGAAAGAAAGACCUGGGGCGGUAUUGGUAUUUAUGACUGGCUGGGAUGACAUUAAUUCUUUGAAGGAUCAGCUACAAACUAAUCCUGUCUUGGGUGAUCCUAGCCGAGUACUGUUACUUGCAUGCCAUGGUUCUAUGGCCAGCUCUGAGCAGAGGUUAAUAUUUGACAAGCCUGUUGAUGGAGUGCGAAAAAUUGUUCUGGCUACUAAUAUGGCGGAGACUAGCAUUACCAUUCCUGAUGUGGUCUUUGUGGUGGACUGUGGAAAGGCGAAAGAAACAUCAUAUGAUGCACUAAACAAUACUCCAUGUUUGCUUCCUUCAUGGAUCUCAAAAGCAGCAGCUCGGCAAAGAAGAGGAAGAGCUGGUCGCGUUCAACCCGGCGAGUGUUUUCAUCUUUAUCCUAGAUGUGUAUAUGAUGCUUUUUCUGACUAUCAACUUCCCGAACUUUUAAGGACACCAUUGCAAUCUUUGUGCUUGCAUAUUAAAAGUCUCCAGCUUGGUAGUAUUUCAGACUUCCUCUCUAGAGCAUUACAGCCUCCAGAACCUCUAUCGGUUCAAAAUGCUGUUGAGUAUUUGAAACUGAUAGGAGCUCUGGAUGAGGAUGAAAAUCUCACAGUUCUAGGACGUCACUUGUCUGUGCUUCCAGUUGAGCCUAAGCUUGGCAAAAUGCUCAUCUUAGGGGCCAUUUUCAACUGUCUGGGUCCGAUAAUGACUGUUGUUGCUGGUCUUAGUGUAAGAGAUCCAUUCCUGAUGCCACAUGACAAGAAGGAUCUUGCAGAGUCUGCAAAAGUACAGUUCUCUGCUAGGGAUUACAGUGACCAUCUUGUUCUUGUCCGAGCAUAUGAUGGUUGGAAAGAUGCUGAAAGACAACAAUCUGGUUAUGAGUACUGUUGGAAAAAUUUUCUUUCUGCACAAACUAUGAGAGCCAUUGACUCUCUUCGAAAGCAGUUCUUUUGUUUGCUCAAAGAUACUGGUCUCAUUGAUCAUAAAACAGAGGACUGCAGUACGUGGAGCCAUGAUGCACAUCUUGUUCAAGCUCUCAUCUGUGCUGGUUUGUUUCCUGGGAUCUGCUCGGUUGUGAACAAGGAGAAGUCAAUAACAUUGAAAACAAUGGAGGAUGGUCAGGUGCUUCUGUACUCGAAUUCUGUUAAUGCUGGCAUACCCAAAAUUCCUUACCCGUGGUUAGUUUUUAAUGAGAAAGUAAAAGUGAAUUCAGUCUUUCUGCGUGAUUCAACUGGGGUAUCCGACUCUGUGUUGCUGUUAUUUGGUGGAGACCUAUCAAGAGGUGGACUAGAUGGACACCUGAAAAUGUUGGGAGGAUACUUGGAAUUUUUUAUGAAACCUGAGUUGGCAGAUACAUAUCUAGGCUUAAAAAGAGAGCUUGAGGAGCUAAUUCAGAAGAAACUUCUGGACCCCAAUGUGGAUAUUCAAUGUCACAAUGAGCUCUUGACGGCAAUAAGAUUAUUGGUAUCAGAGGAUAAAUGUGAGGGUAGAUUCGUAUUUGGUCGCCAGCUGCCAGCAUCAUCAAAGAAGAUGAAUAAAGAUGGUUCAUCUGGCAAACUGCUAAGUGACAAAUCUAAAAAUGAGUUGCAAACUGUUCUUGUCAGGGCAGGGCAUGACACUCCCACCUAUAAGACAAAACAACUAAAAAACAACCAGUUUCGCUCCACUGUAAUCUUUAAUGGACUGAACUUUGUAGGGCAGCCUUGCAGUAGUAAGAAAUUUGCAGAAAAGGAUGCAGCUGCUGAGGCUCUUCUAUGGUUAAAGGGUGAGGUGCAUUCAUCUUCUAGAGAUAUUAACCAUGUUUCCACACUUUUGAAAAAGAGUAGAAGAAAAAUGAGAUAAGACGAUGAAGCUAUGAAUUUUCAGUUACUUUUAAGCUUUGUGGCGAGGACAACAGACCUCCUCGGCCUAGCUGAAAUUCUAGUAAGCUGGAUAGUGUCCGGAAUUUCCAAUUAUGGAGUCGCGUGAAACAAAACCAUUGCCAGGUAAAAUAUAUAACCUUUUCUGUAUGUAACCAUGCUAGCUAACAUGCAUCAAAACCUGAGGGUGGAGGCUAUACAUCCUGACUUGAUGAAAGAAUUACUGCUGCAUUCCUAUUUAGAACACAUUGUUCUAUUUGCUGUCAAAAGUAAAACACGGACUUGAUAAAAUCUCGGAGUUCUUGUUUAUGGAGCCAUGAUAGCUGGCAUAGAUCAAAACCUGAAGCUGGAGUGAUGAGUGCUUCACUAAGCAAUUACCUUACAAUUAUUUUUGAAGAAGAAAACAAGGUAGAAUUCUUCUGAAAUUUGUGUCCCUACUAACUUCUGUAAAUCACCGUUGCCAUCAAGAAUAAUGUCGAGAGGCGGAUUGCGGUUUUAAUUAUUUGUCAGUUGUAAUAGGUGAAAAGAAUCUGACCCUUUUUCUAAAUGUAAUAUGAAAUAUACAUAUGUAGAUUUGAUGCUAUUAUUUUCUGUUUGAUGUAUGCUCUGGUUGUUGAUGCAGAUAACUGCGGGUUUAAUCAACUCUUUUUGUACAGUUUA